GAAGUUGAACUUGCGUACUUCAGACCGUCAUCUCCACCAAAGUCCAAGGGUGGCCUUCUUCUGCAGAUCACAAGAAAUUACUGCCAAGCCUAAGUCCCCUUUCCAUCCUGGAGUCGAGCGUAUGAACCGUUGAGCCGCGCGUCUAUUCCAAAGUCGCCUGUAUUUUCUGCCAGCUCACUGUCUAUCACCCCCCAUCCACCAUGCAACUAAAGACAUUUUGGUUACAGUUGAAACGAGUGCCAACACCCUUGGCAUUAGUGGUUGGGUUGUUACUGGGCGUGCUGAUUGGGAAGGCACUUCCAUCAAGUCUCUUGUCAACGGGGGGGAACAACCCGAUAUUCGUUUCACGCUUGUCUGCUCGCAAACAAAUCACGCUCCCCACCAUCGACCAGCGCCGACGUGUCCUAGACCUGCUGUCUACACUAUCUCCGCACCAUACGACAGAGUGUACACGAAAUUCCCAGCCGCUCUACAUUCAACAAGUCCGAGACCGAUAUGAUUCCCUCGUCGGACACAAAACUCCUUCUGAAUCAACUUGGUUCUCGUCAUGGGGAUUUUCCGACUCGCAGCACGUGUACAACUCUCCAACGAAAGAGCACAAAUAUUUCUUCGCCAUCAAUUUGUACAACUCUUUCGAUAUCAUUCCUGACUUGUUUGCGACUCUCUUUCGGGUGUCUGCGAUUCUGGGGUACCAUAACGUCUAUGUCUCCAUAUACGAAAAUGGCUCGACAGACCAGACCAAGGCACUGCUACGUAUAUUCGACGCGCUGACGCGCAGCGUGGGGCUUCGUGUUACCAUCCGAACCUCUACUCGUACACGAGGUGCCUUCAACCACCGCAUAGAGUAUCUUGCAGAGGUCCGCAAUCAAGCGUUUAACCCGCUGCACGAGCUCCGCGACUCCCAUAACGAGUAUUUUGACACCAUCAUCUUCAUGAACGAUAUUCUCCCCUGCGUGGACGAUCUGCUUGAGCUUAUCUGGCAGAGUCGGCGGAAUAAUGCAGGUAUCACAUGCGCUUCGGAUUACAUGUACCAUCAAGAGCUGUCAACACCCGUCUUUUAUGACAACUGGGUCGCUCGUGAUGUCAACGGAACAGCGCUGGAGAAUGCCCCGUUCGAAAAUGUCUUCCGUGACCCCUACUCCUCCGACCGUUUCCAACUGCACCUUCCCGUGCAGGUCCAGUCAUGUUGGAACGGCAUUGCAAUCCUGGACCCCGCUCCAUUUUAUUCGCCUCCGUAUAUCAAAUUCCGUAUGGCUCGACUUGGAGAAGAGGAGUGUUCUGCUUCAGAGUGCAGUUUGAUCUGCAAUGAUUACUGGCAGGCUGGGUAUGGACGCAUCUUGAUGGUCCCGCGGGUGAAGCUUGCGUAUGAUAAGAAAGUGUUUGAUAUCAUACAUCCUUCAAGACGGAACCUCACUGCCAUCCGAGGUUAUGUUCGUCUUGGGGGACUUCCGGAUAAUCCACGGACAGACCCACAGGACCGAUCGUGGUUUGGUCCUCAUGAUCGAUUAUUCACACCGGAAGAGAGCGAGGAGAUAGAUUUCGCACCCGGGCCUUCGCAUGUAUGGUGUUGGGGCUGGGACGGUGCAGGUGACAUCGACGGCCCUGAUGUCGACCCCAUCUGGGAGCGCAUGCCUGAUAGCACGCAGAAUCCGGAAGCUGUGGAGGUGAGGCAUCAAAGGGAGAUGAGCGAGCUGUAAUGCGGUGGUACUUGGACUUUGGGUAGCUUGCUUUUUAAUGCGUUGCGGGUUAUUUGGUUUGCAUGAUGCAUCCCUAUGGAGGCAUGUACGCUAGAGACACUAUACGGAUGCUUUGGAAUUUGAAAAGUACUUCCUCCAUCAUCAGUGCUCCAGAUGUUC